CCUAACAGCAUUAAAGUAGGCUAAAGACAGGGCGAAUGUGCAGCUCAGUUUGAGACUGGAUUAAGAGUAUCAUACUUAUUGCUUCUUUAACCUUACAUGUAUCAACUGAUCUGGAGUUUCUCAAUACGAACUGCUAACCUGAGCCCGGUAGCCAUUCUCUCUGUGGGAGCUGCAAUCGACGCACCUUUAAAACGGAGUUAACCAUGCCAGCCGAAAACAGCGACCAGGAGAGCAUGCUGAGCUAUCAGAGGCCUGGUGAGGAAGCAGUGGUGGACCAUGGAGGCACCAGCUCAGUUCUGAAUAUCCAUUAUGAGAAAGAAGAGCUGGAGGGUCACAGGACUCUUUUUGUGGGUGUGCGGAUGCCCAUGGACAGACCGUCUCACCGUCAUCACCGGCCGCACAGCUCCAGACACCGCCGCAGAUCUGACAGGAUGAGGGCCGGAGGCUCAGCCCAGGAUGACGACAACUCAGAAAGUACCCCAGGGGCACACGACACUCCAUCCCAGAGGGUUCGGUUUAUUCUGGGCACUGAGGAGGACGAGGAGCAUGUGGCACAUGAACUCUUCACAGAACUUGAUGAAAUCUGUGUUAAAGAGGGCAAAGAUGCAGAGUGGAAAGAAACUGCUAGGUGGCUAAAGUUUGAAGAAGACGUGGAGGAUGGAGGAGAGCGGUGGAGUAAGCCGUAUGUAGCCACACUCUCUCUCCACAGUCUCUUUGAGCUGCGCAGCUGCAUAAUUAAUGGGACCGUCCUGCUAGACAUGAAGGCAGGCAGCAUUGAGGAAAUAGCAGAUUUGGUGCUUGAAAAACAGGAGACGCCUCAUGAACUGGAUGACAGUGUGAGAAUGAAGGUCCGAGAGGCACUUUUGAAGAGGCAUCAUCACCAGAAUGACAAGAAGAGGAACAACUUGCUGCCCAUGGUCAAAACCCUCACAGAAGCCAACAGGAGACAGAGUGAAACUCAUUUUAUGGACAAGACAGGUCCUGCAACAUCUCCUCAGCCUCCAACAACAAGCACAGAUAUAAAGAACGGAGCAACACCAGAGAUUGGCCAGAUGGAUCUCAGCAAGGUGGACACACAUUUCAUGAAAAAGAUUCCAACUGGAGCAGAAGCUUCCAAUGUGCUGGUUGGAGAGCUGGACUUUUUAGAGAGAUCCAUCGUUGCAUUUGUUCGCUUGUCUCCUGCUGUACUGCUGACUGGACUCACUGAAGUUCCCAUUCCUACAAGAUUCCUUUUCAUUUUACUUGGUCCUGAUGGAAAAGCCCAGCAGUACCAUGAAAUCGGUCGCUCCAUGGCCACCAUCAUGACAGAUGAGAUUUUCCAUGAUGUUGCAUAUAAGGCUAAGGACAGGAGGGAUUUGUUGGCUGGUAUAGAUGAGUUUCUCGAUCAAGUGACAGUUUUGCCCCCAGGGGAAUGGGACCCCUCCAUACGCAUAGAACCUCCUAAAUGUGUCCCAUCUCAGGAGAAAAGAAAGAUGCCGGGAGUGCCGAAUGGUACAGCUGUUACUGUUGAGGAAGAGCCGCACGGAGAACACCAUGGGCCAGAACUGCAGAGAACAGGAAGGCUGUUUGGAGGAUUGAUUUUGGAUUUAAAAAGGAAAGCUCCAUAUUAUCUGAGUGACUUUAAAGAUGGCUUGACUCUGCAGUGUGUAGCUUCUUUUCUUUUCCUGUACUGUGCCUGUAUGUCACCUGUAAUCACAUUUGGAGGACUUCUGGGAGAGGCAACAGAGGGACGAAUUAGUGCUAUUGAGUCUCUCUUAGGAGCAUCUAUGACUGGAAUAGCAUACUCUCUGUUUGCUGGACAGCCACUGACUAUACUGGGCAGCACUGGACCCGUCCUCGUGUUCGAAAAGAUUCUCUUCAAGUUCUGCAAAGACUACAAUCUCUCCUACCUGUCCCUGCGCACUUGUAUAGGCCUUUGGACAGCUUUCCUGUGUCUGCUUCUAGUUGCAACGGAUGCCAGCUCUUUGGUCUGUUACAUCACACGUUUCACAGAGGAAGCUUUUGCUGCGCUCAUUUGUCUUAUCUUCAUUUAUGAAGCACUGGAGAAACUUUUCCAUCUUGGAGAAUUGUACCCGAUCAACAGGCAAUCUGAUCUGGACAAACUCACCUUGGCCUACUGUAGGUGUGCAGAGCCUGAUAAUCCCAGUAAUAAAACACUGGAAGUGUGGAAUCAGAGGAACAUCACGGCCUCUGCAGUGUCAUGGACCAAUCUUACUGUAACGGAGUGUUUAGAUCUCCAGGGUCAGUUUAUUGGACCGUCGUGUGGACAUCACGGUCCCUACACCCCUGAUGUGCUCUUCUGGUCAUCCAUUUUGUUCUUUGGUACCUUUUUAAUGUCUAGCUUCCUGAAACAGUUUAAGACUAGCAGAUACUUCCCAACACGGGUGCGGUCAAUGAUCAGCGAUUUCGCUGUGUUCCUUACCAUUGUUUUCAUGGUCCUGAUUGAUUAUAUCAUUGGAGUUCCAUCCCAAAAAUUACAAGUCCCCAGCAAGUUUAAGCCUACACGUGAUGAUCGUGGUUGGGUGAUGAACCCCAUUGGGCGAAAUCCGUGGUGGACAGUACUGGCUGCCUUAAUACCAGCUCUCCUCUGCACCAUUCUCAUCUUCAUGGACCAACAGAUCACUGCUGUCAUUAUAAACCGCAAGGAGCACAAACUGGUGAAAGGCUGCGGGUACCAUUUGGAUCUGCUAAUGGUCGGGGUGAUGUUGGCUGUAUGUUCUAUGUUGGGAUUGCCCUGGUUUGUAGCAGCGACCGUCCUGUCAAUAUCCCACGUCAACAGCCUGAAGCUGGAGUCUGAAAGCUCUGCCCCUGGAGAACAGCCUCGAUUUCUGGGUAUUCAAGAGCAGAGGCUGACUGGACUGUUCAUCUUUCUGCUCAUGGGCUGCUCUGUGUUCAUGACUGGAUUGUUACAGUUCAUUCCCAUGCCGGUUCUCUAUGGUGUUUUUCUUUACAUGGGGGUCUCAUCUCUGAAAGGCAUUCAGUUGUUUGACCGUCUGAAGUUGUUUGGCAUGCCAGCGAAGCAUCAGCCAGACUUUAUUUAUCUCCGCCAUGUUCCUCUGAGGAAGGUUCACCUGUUCACUCUGACCCAACUUACCUGCCUUGUGCUGCUAUGGGUCAUUAAAACUUCCCCUGCCGCAAUCGUGUUUCCUAUGAUGGUCCUGGCUUUAGUGUUCAUCCGUAAGCUGCUGGACUUCUGUUUUUCUAAAAGGGAGCUUAGUUACCUUGAUGAUCUGAUGCCUGAGAAUAGGAAGAAGAAGCUGGAUGAUGAUUCCAAGCAAGCAGAGGAGCAGGAUUCACAGGAGAUGCUGGUGGAUGAAUCAGGGGAAUCGGACAACAAAGACACAGUGCAGAUCCCAAUGGAGAGCAAACCUCUACAUUCUCCUCGAACCCCAGACCCAAGGACUGAUCCCUCUGACAUUAACAUAUCUGAUGAAAUGUCUAAAACUACUGUCUGGAAAUCCCUCAAUUCCAAUAACAUGGACACACAACGCGCAAGCACACAUAAAAAGGAGGUACCGUGAAGUAUCCCUGCAGAAAGAAGAAAUUACCUUCUUAGCGACGGUUGUUUGAAAUUGGGCUGACUUCGAGAAGCAGCCGCGUGCUAAAAACACACAGAUGUUACAGUAGUUCACUCCUUCCCAUGUUUCUCACACACAUGCGUGUUUAUGUAUAGCUGUGUGAGAUAUAUUGGUGUCUCAGUGUGUGUGUGUGUGAAUAUGUGCGACAUAUUCUCCAACCAAAUCCAGGUUAUUUUCAAUGUUUAGUUGGGUUUUAGCAGACAUAGGCGUCUCUGUGCUGUGCUGUACUGUACACGUUUUUUGUUUUUCGUUCGUUGUCUGGUUCUAAGUUGUUUAAUAGCUGUUUAAAUGUUCUCAUUUUAACUAUAUACUUGUAGAUAAUACUGUAUACGUGUGUCAAAGCGUCAAAGCAACAAGUUUGUGUGUUUAAGCCAAACGGCCGAUCAAAAUAAUAACCUCAGUUGAAACUAUUUUGUGCCAGUAUAAAUAGCCAUUACGUACACUAAACACCAUAAACCAAAUCAGUCCUUAUCCACUAUAGACGGACUUGUCUAUUUUUAUUGCGCGUGCUGUACUGAAACUUGUUAAUAUUGAGCAAUAAAGGCUUAUAUGGGUUUAGGGAUGCUGAUGGAGAAGUAUGAUUUCUAUUGCGAGUGUUUUAAACUCCCCUCCCCUUGUAUGAACAGGUUAACAUUUCCAUUAUAUGCUCCAUCCUUUGGGUCUUUCAAGGGUUGAGGGUAAGACUAUUCAGGCUUUCAUUUAAAAGACCUUUACGAGUCACCAAUCCCAGUAAUAAGCCAUCUCGUAUAGACUACCUCCCCAUACUUUUAAAGCUCCCACAAUAGUUUCUGCACUGAAAGAGGUCAAAAAAAAAGAUUGCAUUUUUAACCUCAGCGAAAUAACACUUUAUUUACAGUUGCACUUUGUGUAGAUAUAUAUACCGAUAUGAUUUUAUAUUUUGAAGGGAAUUAUUAUAUAGAGUAUAACAGCGUGAUAGUUAUUUUAAGUAAAGAGUUUUCUUUUUUAUAUAUAUAAAUGUAUUUUAAUAAAAUGAGUUGAGCAGAUGCAGUAAGACACUGGCUGUUAAUGCGAAUGGGUUACAGCUCUAUUUUUUGUUUCUUACAGGACCAGUUGUCUGUAAGUCGCGUGUUUCACCUUAUUAAACUGCCUUCGGGAGAAUGUCAUUAUAUAUAAUCUGGAAUGUCAUUUCAGCUUCGGAAUGUUGAGGAGUAUUGAGCAUUUUCCCAGCUUGACAUUAAACUACUGAAUUAUCUUUAUAAUCCCCUCCAUGGCUUUCUCGUUUAUGGAACUGUUGUCAUUGACUUGAUUGUACGAUGUUAUCUUAAUGCUGGGAUGUGUUCAAUGAGAAUGUCUUUCACUCCAAUAAAUUUUAGAUUUUAUGAAUGAUGAACCUGUUAA